AUCUUAUCAACAGUGAUCUGACGUUUUGCUGAAUUCGGCGUGUCCAGGUGCGUUUCGCCUUCGUGUCCGUCGCUUCUGAAAACUUUAUCGCGAUGGACUCGAUUCCGAGGACGCAUAAAGAUAUUGAGGCGCAGAUAAGAGAGAUACAAUCGAAGAAGAAGGAGCUGUUGAGUGCAGCAUCCGAGAAGGAGCAAGUUGCUUUGGGAAAAACUGGUUUCUAUGAUCAGGAUAUAUAUGACAGUAGCAACAAUAAAUUUGAUGGCUAUGUUACAUCAAUUGCAACAAAUGAUGAAAUUGAGGAUUAUGAUCCGUUUGCGGACAAACGAUUACCCACCUUAGUUGAUAGAGAAGAGAAGGAUUAUGAUCCAUUUGCGGAUAGACGACGACCUACCAUAGCUGAUAGGGAGGAUGAAUAUAGACAGAAAAGACGUAGAAUGAUCAUUUCUCCUGAACGUGUUGAUCCUUUUGCUGAAGGUGGUAAAACCCCCGACAUUGGUUCCAGAACAUAUACUGAAAUUAUGCGGGAGCAGAUGCUCAAAGGUGAAGAGACAGAGCUGAGAAAAAGAUUAGCAGAAAAAGCAAAGGAUGGCACUUUGAAAGCUAACGGCGAACCUAAACCAGCUCCCAAAAAAAGAGGUCGUUGGGAUCAAACUGAUGAUACUCCAGUGCAGAAAAAAUUAUCUGGUGCUUCAGCAACACCUACUUCUUGGGAUAACGCAGAUGUAACACCAGCUGCUAUUAGAUGGGACGAAACUCCUGGCCAUGGCAAAGGAGCAGAGACUCCUGGAGCUACUCCUGGAGUCAGUACAAGAAUGUGGGAUGCUACACCAGCACAUGCAACGCCAGGAGCUGCGACUCCAGGCAGAGAAACACCUUCUCAUGAAAAGACUGUUACAAGUCGAAGAAACCGUUGGGAUGAAACUCCAAAAACUGAGAGAGAAACACCUGGACACAACAGCGGUUGGGCAGAGACUCCAAGAACUGAUCGAGUUGCUGGGGACUUGAUACAAGAAACUCCGACACCUUCGGCAAGCAAAAGACGAAGUCGGUGGGAUGAAACGCCAUCGAAUCAAACACCAGGCUCAAUGACACCACAAACUCCGGCGACACCUCUUGCAACGCCCCAUCAGGCAACAAUACUGACUCCAAGUGCCGUCACGCCGACAGGACCCAAGGCAAUGGGUUUGGCCACUCCAACCCCAGGACAUUUGAUGUCUAUGACGCCCGAACAACUGCAAGCAUAUCGUUGGGAACGCGAGAUAGAUGAACGAAAUAGACCCUUGUCUGAUGAUGAAUUGGACGCUCUAUUUCCUCCUGGAUAUAAAAUUUUACAGCCUCCAGCAGGAUAUAUACCUAUUCGCACACCCGCUAGAAAGCUCACUGCAACGCCUACACCUAUCGCCGGUACACCUCAGGGUUUCUUCAUUCAAACAGAAGACAAGAGCGCCAAAUAUGUGGAUAAUCAACCGAAGGGCAAUUUGCCAUUUAUGAAGCCGGAAGAUGCUCAAUAUUUCGAUAAACUGCUUGUCGAUGUGGACGAGGAAACGUUGAGUCCUGAAGAGCAAAAAGAAAGAAAAAUCAUGAAACUGCUUUUAAAGAUAAAAAAUGGAACUCCUCCAAUGCGUAAAGCUGCUUUGAGACAAAUCACUGAUAAGGCAAGAGAAUUCGGCGCUGGACCGUUAUUCAAUCAAAUCCUUCCACUUCUCAUGUCACCUACCCUUGAGGAUCAGGAGCGUCAUUUACUGGUCAAAGUGAUUGAUCGUAUUCUAUAUAAAUUGGACGAUUUGGUGCGACCGUAUGUACAUAAGAUUUUAGUUGUUAUCGAGCCUCUACUGAUUGACGAAGACUACUAUGCUCGUGUUGAAGGCAGAGAGAUUAUUUCUAAUUUAGCAAAAGCUGCAGGAUUGGCUACAAUGAUUUCUACAAUGAGACCAGAUAUUGAUAACAUCGAUGAAUACGUGCGCAACACUACAGCAAGAGCAUUUGCGGUUGUUGCAUCCGCCCUUGGAAUUCCUUCACUUCUUCCAUUCUUAAAAGCCGUUUGUCGCAGCAAGAAGUCUUGGCAAGCACGACAUACUGGUAUCAAGAUCGUACAGCAAAUAGCUAUCUUGAUGGGUUGCGCUAUUUUACCACAUUUAAAGAGCUUGGUGGAAAUUAUAGAGCAUGGUUUAGUGGAUGAGCAACAAAAGGUACGAACUAUUACUGCGUUAGCCAUUGCUGCGCUGGCCGAAGCAGCAACACCAUACGGUAUCGAAAGCUUCGAUUCUGUGUUAAAACCACUGUGGAAAGGCAUUCGUACACAUAGAGGAAAAGGUUUAGCAGCGUUUCUAAAAGCUAUUGGUUAUCUUAUUCCUUUGAUGGAUGCAGAAUACGCAAAUUACUAUACUAGGGAAGUAAUGUUAAUUCUUAUACGUGAAUUCCAAUCUCCCGAUGAAGAAAUGAAAAAAAUUGUAUUGAAGGUAGUUAAACAAUGUUGUGCGACGGAUGGUGUGGAAGCUCAAUACAUAAAGGAUGAAAUCUUGCCUCACUUCUUUAAACAUUUCUGGAACCAUCGUAUGGCACUGGAUCGCAGAAAUUACAGACAGCUUGUGGAUACAACAGUAGAAAUAGCUAAUAAAGUGGGUGCAUCAGAGAUUAUUAACAGAGUAGUGGAUGAUUUAAAGGAUGAAAAUGAACAAUAUAGAAAAAUGGUGAUGGAAACAAUUGAGAAGAUAAUGGGCAACUUAGGAGCAGCGGAUGUCGAUUCGCGUCUAGAAGAGCAACUUAUUGACGGAAUUUUAUACGCUUUCCAGGAACAAACUACUGAGGACGUCGUUAUGUUGAAUGGUUUUGGUACUAUCGUGAACACAUUGGGUAAAAGAGUAAAGGCAUAUCUUCCUCAAAUAUGUGGUACAAUAUUGUGGAGAUUGAAUAACAAAUCUGCAAAAGUCAGACAACAAGCUGCAGAUCUUAUUUCGCGCAUCGCAGUAGUUAUGAAGACUUGUCAGGAGGAAAAACUAAUGGGACAUUUGGGAGUCGUUCUGUAUGAAUACUUAGGCGAGGAAUAUCCAGAAGUCCUAGGUAGCAUUUUGGGAGCGUUGAAAGCCAUUGUUAACGUUAUAGGGAUGACGAAGAUGACGCCACCCAUUAAGGAUUUGUUACCAAGGCUUACACCGAUCUUAAAAAAUAGACAUGAAAAGGUACAAGAAAAUUGUAUUGAUCUUGUGGGCAGAAUCGCAGAUCGAGGUCCCGAGUAUGUUUCCGCUCGAGAAUGGAUGAGGAUAUGCUUCGAAUUGUUGGAACUACUGAAAGCUCAUAAAAAAGCAAUUAGAAGAGCGACGGUAAAUACUUUUGGCUACAUUGCCAAAGCUAUUGGACCACACGAUGUCUUAGCAACGCUUCUAAACAACUUGAAAGUACAGGAACGUCAGAAUCGUGUUUGUACCACAGUUGCUAUUGCCAUCGUUGCGGAGACUUGCAGCCCUUUUACAGUGCUACCUGCAUUAAUGAAUGAAUACAGAGUACCCGAACUAAACGUGCAAAACGGAGUAUUGAAAUCCUUAUCAUUCUUGUUCGAAUAUAUCGGUGAGAUGGGUAAAGAUUAUAUUUACGCUGUCAGUCCAUUGUUAGAAGAUGCACUUAUGGACAGAGAUCUAGUACACAGGCAGACCGCCUGUGCCGCAAUUAAGCACAUGGCAUUAGGUGUUUACGGAUUUGGUUGCGAAGAUGCGUUAAUACAUUUAUUGAAUCACGUAUGGCCGAACGUUUUUGAAACCUCGCCACAUUUAGUCCAAGCGUUUAUGGAUGCCGUAGACGGAUUGCGCGUUGCGCUUGGACCGAUCAAAAUUUUGCAGUAUACGCUACAAGGUUUGUUCCAUCCAGCUCGUAAAGUUCGUGACGUUUAUUGGAAGAUAUACAAUUCUCUUUACAUCGGCGGACAGGAUGCUCUCGUGGCUGGUUAUCCUCGUAUCAUGAACGAUCCAAAGAACCAAUAUAUUAGAUACGAAUUGGAUUAUGUAUUGUAAUAGAGAACUUGCAGCAAUAAGACAAUUCUAAGGAUAUGUUUGGAACAACUACGUGUGUCACGCCGUCAUUUCUAAUGUCUA